AUGCACACACGAAUUGUUCUCACGCUCGCCGCCGUCGUUGUCACGGCAUUCUGCAGCGAGGUCUCCGCCCAAGCACUUUCGGCCGCCGAUCGGGCGAUCGUCUCCGACGCCGACACGCUCGUCAAACAAGCCGUCUCGGCAGACAAGGCCGGCGACAAACAACUUCGGGAAUCACUACUUGCCCAGGCGAUUGAAGUCGACGCCGACAACGAACUCGCCCGCUGGCUCAUGGGCCAGGUGCAGUUCGGUCGCGAAUGGAAAACGGUUGAGGAGGUCCAGGAGCUGGUUGCGAACGAUGGCCGUUGGGCAGAAUAUCGUCGUCGGGUGGGGCAGGCCGACGACGGCCUGAGUUCGCAACUGGCCCUGGCCCAUUGGUGCCGUCGAGCCCACCUUGAUCGCGAAGAAGCCUGGCACUGGCAGCAGGUCCUCGAGCUAGCCCCCAAUCAUCCGGAGGCCCUUGAUCGCCUGGGCUUGGAACGCUACCAGGGCGAACUUUACACCAAGAAGGAACUCAACGACCUCCGGGAAGCAAAGCGGGCAUUCGGGCGGUACAAACCGAAGUUUGACAAGAUUGUGCGAAACGCACUGAGCGAUAGCGACUCCCGCCGCAAGGAUGCUCUAGCGGAGUUGUCUGCGGUGGAAGAUCCCGCCGCAAUUGCAGCACUUUCAGAAUCGCUGAAGAUCGACAACCCCUACAAGGAAAAACUACUCAGUGGGCUGUAUCCCGCAGAGGCCGGCAUCUACAUCGAGCGACUCCACCAAGCGGGAGUAGAGGCCCUGACCCGCAUGGAUAAAUACGAGGCGACCGUCAAACUAGUUGAGGUCGCGGUAUUGUCCGAGUACGCAAGCGUUCGACAAGCCGCAACUCAAGCGUUGGUUGGCCGCCCGAAAACCGACUAUAUGCCUAUGUUGAUGGACGGGAUGAAGCCACCACUGAAGCUCUCCAUCGAGCAGGAGGUUUCGCCCACCGGGGGAGUUACCGUGAAGGAGGAGCUGUAUGAAUCAGGUCGCGAAGCUGACAGAAGGUCGGUACGAACUAACCAGUACUUAACGGUUACCCGUUACAGGCGUGAAUCCACCGGACAAUCUUGGGUUUAUUACGACACGGCCAAUGACAUCCAGGACUCGAAUCAAUUAAUUGGAUUGACUGAACGCAGAAUCGAAGAAGAAAAUCUGGCCCGGGUGGAACGAAACGAACGCAUCCAAGAAGUGUUGACCACAUUGACAGGAUUGGACUUGGAGUCGGAUGCCGAGCGAUGGUGGCAAACCUGGAAAGACUAUAACGAACUGGAAGGCCCACUUGAAAAACCUGUGCUUGAGAACGAGGAAUUCCGAAACUUUGUCGACUAUCAAUUUGUCAGCGACACAUUCGGAAGCUACAGCGUCACACAAAGCCGUCCGGCCGUAGCAUCCUGCUUCGCUGCCGGCACCCCCGUGUGGACCCAAAGCGGUCCCAAGCCAAUCGAGCAAGUUGAAGUCGGCGAGUUGGUGCUAAGCCAGAACCCCGUCACCGGGCAGCUAGACUAUCGCCCCGUGCUGGAAACCACUGUGCGGCAGCCCAGCCCUGUGAGCCACAUCACCAUUGAUGACGAAACCAUCACCGCCACCCUCGGGCACCGGUUUUGGGUUACCGGCCACGGUUGGCGGAUGGCCAAGUUCCUCAAGCCCGGCUACCGGCUGUAUAGCACGCAAGGCUCGCCCGAAAUUAUCUCCACCGAAGAAGGCACCGACACCGAGGCCUUCAACCUGGUGGUCGACGAUUUCCACACCUACUUCGUCGGCAACCAUCAAUUGCUGGUUCACGAUAACAACAUUCCUGAACACAGCUUGACUGUGGUCCCAGGACGAGUUCUUUCCUCUCUGACCUUGGUCAUCCUCCUGGUCUCUCCCGCUUGGUCAUUCGCUCAAGCACUUUCCGCCAGCGAUCGGGCGAUCGCUUCAGACGCCGAUACGCUUGUGCAGCAGGCAGUCUCUGCCGACAAAGCGGGCGACAAACCUCGUCGCGAAGCCCUGCUUAAACAAGCCAUUAAGGUCGAUCCCCACAACGAACUGGCCCGCUGGCUUCUGGGCCAAGUGCAAUUCUCCCAAGGGUGGAGUUCAAUUGAAGAAGUCGAAGAGUUGGUCGCCAAAGACGGUCGGUGGGAAGAGUACCGGCGACGAGUGAAGCAGUCGGACAACAGCGUCAACGCGCAUGUGGCCCUCGCACAGUGGUGCAUUCGCGCCCGCCUGAAGCGAGAGGAGCGCUGGCACUGGCAACAAGUUCUUGAACAAGCCCCCUAUCAUCCCGAAGCGCUCAAGCGUCUGGACCUCGUUUGGCAUGAAGAACAACUAUACACAAAAGCAGAACUCGCCGAACUCAGAGAGGCGAAGAGCAAGUACAGAAACCUCAAGCCAAAAUUCGAUCACCUGGUUCGGCAGGCGCUUGGUGACGAAGAAACGCGGCGCACCAAUGCUGUAGAACAGUUGGCAGCAGUCGAUGAUCCCGGCGCGAUACCUGCGUUAUCUGCGGCAUUACGCAUGAACAAUCGUCACCGAGAUAGUCUCGUCAGCGAUCUGUAUCCCGCUGAGGCCGGCCUCUUGAUCGAACGCAUCCACCAAGCAGGAGUGGAAGCCCUCUCGAAGAUGGACCAAUACGAGGCCACCGUCAAACUGGUUGAAGUGGCGGUGCUGUCCGACUAUCCACUCGUUCGCCAAAGCGCCACCCGAGCCCUGAUAGGUCGCCCUAAGACAGACUACAUGCCGCUGCUGAUGGAUGGAAUGAAGCCACCCUUGCAGCUAACGAUCGACCACUACGUCGGACUUAAUGGAAGCAAGGUGACCGAGGAACUCUACGAAGUCGGUCGUGAAGCAGACCGCAAGCUCGUGCGAACGAGUGACUAUUCAUCGGUCAGUUACCUCUAUGGUCGAAGAACCGGUGAACUCCGGAUAGAAAAAGACCCAGCAGGCGAUCGAGCAAGAAGCAAUCAGCACGUAAUGCAAACACAUCGUUGGUUGGUAGAAGAAAACAAAUCGCGACAGCACCAGAACGAACGCAUUCAAGAAGUGCUCACAUCCCUCACCGGCUACGAUCUCGACGCGAAUCCCGAGCAAUGGUGGGAGACCUGGGCCGACUACAAUGAAUACGACCGUUCGAUCGAGAAACCGACCUACAACUUCAGCGAAACUCAAUCGUUCCCGAUCCUGCGUCGCGGGUUUCUGCCUUCCUGCUUCACAGCAGGUACCCCCGUAUGGACACAAGGCGGACCAAAACCCAUUGAGCAGGUCGAAGUUGGCGAUUUCGUUUUGAGCCAAGAUCCUGUCUCAGGCCGGCUCGACUAUCGCCCCGUACUGGAAACCACCGUCCGACCACCCUCGCCCGUGAACCAUAUUGGGAUCGAAGGCGAAACCAUCACCGCCACCCUCGGGCACCGGUUUUGGGUCACCGGCCACGGUUGGCGAAUGGCCAAGUUCCUCAAGCCCGGCUAUCGACUGUAUAGCACUCAGGGCUCGACCGAACUUCUCUCAAUAGAAGAAGGCACCCACACCGAGGCCUUCAACCUGGUGGUCGACGAUUUCCACACCUACUUCGUCGGCAACCAUCAACUGCUGGUCCACGACAACGAACUGCCUGAACACAGUUUGACCGUCGUGCCAGGCGUCGAGCUAUCGCCAGAAGCCCCCGGCGUUUCGUUUUCCUGGGCCGGGCCCCAGUUGCUGGACGACGUCGAUUUGGAGAUCGACCCGGGCGAGCGAAUUGCCUUGGUCGGCCGCAAUGGCACGGGCAAAUCGACGCUGAUGAAGCUGCUCACCGGCGAGGUCGAGCCCGAUCACGGCGAAGUGAUUCGCGAGCCCGGGCUGCGAAUUGCCAGCCUCGUACAAGAAGUGCCCCAGAACACCACCGGCAGCGUGGCCGAAAUCGUGGCCGCGGGCAUCGCCACCCAACAGCUUCGCGCGGCCGACCUGGCCUCGGCGGCAGAAGAUCAGCCGGCCCACAUCGAAGAUUGGAAGGUCGAUCAGGCCGUGGCCCGCGUGCUGUCGCGCAUGGACCUAAACGGCGACGAUGCGUUCGAAACGUUCUCCUCCGGAAUGAAGCGCCGGGUGCUGCUGGCCCAAGCCCUGGUAGCCGAGCCCGACAUUCUCCUUCUGGACGAACCGACGAACCACUUGGACCUCGACGCCAUUACCUGGCUCGAAAAGUUCCUCAAAGGCUACAGCGGCACCCUGGUUUUCGUCACGCACGACCGCGUAUUUCUACAAACGCUCGCCACGAGAAUCAUCGAAAUCGACCGUGGUCGUCUCUUCGACUGGACCUGCGACUACCAGACAUUUCUCAAACGAAAGCAAGCCGCCCUCGAGGCCGAGGAACAGCAGAACCGCGAAUUCGAUCGCAAGCUGGCCCAAGAGGAAGUGUGGAUUCGCCAGGGAAUCAAAGCCCGCCGCACGCGCAACGAAGGUCGCGUUCGAGCCUUGAAGAAGAUGCGGCAAGAGCGGCUCGAGCGCCGCGACCAGAUCGGCAAUGUUCACAUGAGGGCGAUCGAGGCUGAACGCUCGGGCCAACUCGUCGUCGAGGCCACCGACGUCUCGUUCAGCUAUGGCGAACGCCCGAUCGUCAACGAACUCUCCACCCUCAUCACCCGUGGCGAUCGCAUCGGCAUCAUCGGCCCCAACGGCUCGGGCAAAACCACACUACUCAAGUUGCUACUCGACGAGUUGGAACCGACCUCCGGCACCAUCCGCCGCGGCACCAAGCUGCAAGUGACCUACUUCGACCAGCUCCGCGAACAACUCGACGAAGAGAAGACCGUCGUCGAGAACGUGGGCGAGGGAAAAGAACUGCUCACCAUCGGCGGGAAGCAGAAGCACAUCUACGGGUAUCUGCAAGACUUUCUCUUCACACCCGAGCGAGCCCGGCGGCCGGCCAAGAAUCUCUCCGGCGGCGAACGCAACCGGCUGCUGCUGGCCAAGCUGUUCACCCGACCUUCGAACGUGCUGGUACUGGACGAACCGACCAACGACCUGGACAUGGAAACCUUGGAGUUGCUCGAAGAACUGGUAGUGAACUACUCCGGAACCAUUCUGCUGGUGAGCCACGACCGCGCGUUUCUCAAUGAAGUCGUCACCAGCAUGCUGGCCUUCGAAGGCGACGGGCAAGUCCGCGAGUACGUCGGCAGCUACGACGACUACCUGAAGAACCGCCAGGCAGCCCAAGAAGCAGAACCCGAAACCGCAAAGGCGGCAAAGAAACCAAAGCCCGCCAAACCAGCCGCCGACAAACCGGCCAAGCUGAGCUACAACGAACGCCGCGCACUCGAGGCCCUGCCGAAGCAGAUCGACGCCUUGGAACAAGAACAAAGCGAACUCCACACAGCCAUGGCCGACCCCGAUUUCUUCAAGCAAGAUGGAACCGAGAUCGCCAAAGCCACCGCCCGCCUCGAAGCGAUCGACGAGGAAUUGGCCGAGCUCUACUCCAAGUGGGAGUCGCUGGAAGCCCGCGAGUAG